AUGGUUGGUGCGUGUAAGGAAAUGGCGGUGUAUUGUUUUGACAAUUUACUGUCGCACUACAACGGUGACGAUCCUCCUCCGCCCGCCUUCGAGGGUGGCCAAUACCCACUAUUUGUUACCUGGAAAAAGGUUUCGGAUUCUGGUGAGGCUCGGCUGCGAGGGUGCAUUGGAACGCUCGAAGCUCGCUGUGUACUAACGGGGUUUAAAGACUACGCGCUCACAAGUGCGUUAAGGGACCGUCGAUUUUCUCCCAUUCAGCCUCGCGAGAUUGCGAAUCUCCAAGUGACUGUUUCAGUGCUGACCAACUAUGAGGUUGCGGUUGAUUACCUUGAUUGGGAUGUUGGUACACACGGAAUGAUUCUUGAAUUCUUUGAUCAUCAAAAUACAAAAAGGAGUGCCACUUAUUUGCCAGAAGUCGCACUUCAUGAAGGUUGGACUAAGAUUGAGGCCGUGGAUUCAUUGAUUAGAAAGGCUGGUUAUAACGGGCCAAUCACUGAUACACUCAGAAGAAAACUCCGUGUGACUCGUUAUCAGUCCUCCAUCUUCACUCUUCAUUACGAGGAGUACGUGGAUUAUGUCCAGAGGACAAGAGGCUACACCCCAAAAGUCUCACGGUCAUGUGGGGGUAGUGAAGGAGCUUUACAAACUCUUUGGAAGCUGCUUGGCUUCAAUUCUUCGACAUGA